AGAUGACCAUAAAUUUCAGAGCAACAUCAACGAUUCUCUCCAACACAACCCGAUAUUCAUACACACAACUACGCUGGUCUACAGAAUUUACAUCGGCCAUCAAACGUAGGCUCAAGCUGACUUAUCUCAUUGAUUUGACUUCGCCCAGAGCAUACUCAGCCAGCGUUCUCGUCGAAGCGACAUUGGGAGAGCUUCCAAACUUUCUCAGGGCACAAGCUCACAUUGAACUGGAUCAUAUAUCGUCCCUUCUGGUCCCCUGGGCACAACUCGGAACUGAAUCUUAGUACAUCGAGCUGCGCUAUCUUAUAACCCCCUCGUCCGCCUUUGUACAUCAGCAAGCCUUAGUUGUCGAUCAUAGUCUUCGCCAUCUUGGCCCGUUCAUUCUACAGCUCGUGAUAUUAUCGAUUGUCUAUCUCAAAUCGCCGCAUUUUCAAGGCCCUCUCGCUUUCGCCUCCCCUUGGCUCCGCUGGCUGAGGUCAAUGGAGCCGUCCCCCUUAUCACAAUGGCUCGGCGGUCCUUACCAAGUCGUGCUGAAGGAGCCACCAGGAGAGCAAGUCGCUGGUAUCUUGUGCAACUUGGUGCCAGAGCAAUGUCUUACGCUUGAGAAAGCGACUGUUUAUAGCACUGGCCAGCAGUUCGAACGCCUAGACAUCCACGCCUCGAAUGUCUCUGAUAUCAUACCACUACAGACAACGGAGCCAGCAUUCAUGCUGAUGUCCUCGGCUCCUUCGUCCAAGAUCCAGCCCGCUUCCCCUGCUGUGGCUUCUCCCACCCGUAGCCAUAACACAUUUCAAGAUCCCGCUAUCGUCAGUAUGAGUCGGAAGCCUACAGCCCUGGCAGCACGUACAAAUCACUCUUACCGAGCUCCGAACGAGACAGAAAAAGCGAACACCCCCAUCGCUGCCAGCCCGGCUGAUGAGCCAACAUACUCGCUUGAUGAAACGGACACAACAGAAACGACGACGCUCGAUAUGCCUCCUAUAUCACGCCUUUCCAUUCAAACCUCAUCCAAUCCCUCAUUAGUUGAAAAUGACUUGCAGGAUCUUACUCCUACCGCCGCGACAGCACGCUCUAUAUUGGUCCCGCGAGAACGGAAAAGAGGAAAACGGGGCGGUAAGAGGCAGCGAGGUGUCCAAGAUACAGAUGAAGGCACCCCGGCGUCCAAUGCCCGCCCGACGAAUCAGAACAAAGGUUGGAGACAGACUCCUAUUCUCCAAUCCACUAAGUCUUUUCAGCCAUUUGCAUCUUUGAAGAAAAGUCAGAAAAGACGUGUCGAUCCCGGCGCCGACAGUGGCUGGGCUUCUGAGGAUGUGACAGAUGUGCAAGAAGCUGGUGACUUUGACUUUGAGGGGAGCCUUGCCAAGUUUGACAAGCGAACAAUUUUCAACGAGAUGCGGGAACAAGAUCGUGUCGAUGAAGCCGAUAGACUGGUGUCACACAACCGACUUCCUCGGCCGAAGCCAGGUACAGCCGGGGGCAAAAACCUCCAUUACACUGAAAAUGUUCUCGACCUGCCAUUAUCUUCUUCGGCUAAAGCUGUCAAGGAGACGCCGGGCGAUUUCUGGAGAAGUGAAGCUGACGAUGACCCAAUAACCGUAAACGGGGGCGGCGAAACACCAAGUGGUCGCGAGGGUAGUGGCAGGAACUCGCGGCUUCGGGGCGAGUCGCGGAUGUCAACGACACGGCGGUCCCAGUCACGUAAGGCGAGCGCCAGUGCUGGCGUUGCGGGACCGAGCCGUGUAAACUCGGGACCAUCUCCCACUUCUCCGGGACUAUAUACAGUGACGUCGAACCGCCGUGUCGACGUUGUGAGACAUCUCCAGAUGCUGGUAGUCGAGAACAUUGCUAGCAGCGAAAUGGGCAUGACAGAGGAUUUAAUAGCCGAGAAUGCCGGCCGAGGCAUUUGUGAGGUAGCCAUGCGCGCCCUAGAUGACCCAGCCAUGAGAUUACGAGCAGCCGCAUCAUCGCCACCUGUUACAAACACUAUUGUUGUUGUCGCCGGUAACAAUAAAUCUGGGGCACGCGCCAUAGCGGCGGCCCGUCAUCUUCGGAACCGAAAUAUCAAUACACUAGUGUGCGUCGUUGGAAUCGAGCGUGAGCGCGAACUCCUCGACGAGCUUCGCAGACAGAUUUUUCUAUUUCGUAAUUUCGGUGGCAGCGUCUAUACCAAAUCGGCGCUCUUCGAGCAAUUAGCACAAUCCGCCAAUACUUUAACGGCCUCUACUCAGGUUUCGGUCUCGCUCAUUAUCGAUGCGCUCCUGGGCCUCACCAUAUCCUUCGAGGAAUUGCGCAAAUCGGAUCAGGCAACGACUUACGAGCUAAUGGAGUGGGCCAAUCGGAACGAGGCGUUUGUCCUAGCCAUCGAUAUCCCAAGCGGUAUUGAGCCUUCGACAGGCCGGGUCAAUGUUAUUGACGGUGCCAAGCUGUACGUUCAACCGCGUUAUGUCGUUGCACUCGGUGCGCCGAAGUUAGGCCUCCUCAAGGCCCUUGAAAGUAUGCACGACGCCGGUGAUAUCACCAUGGCCGACGAAUGGAAGAUCUAUCUAGCUGAUGUCGGCCUGGCAGCCAUUGCUUGGCGGAAGGGUGCCAAAGUGCGCCGGGGCCCAGAUUUUGAUGAACAUUGGGUUCUGGAGCUGAAACAUCACCCGCUUAGGGAUGAUGAAGAUGGGGAUUAAAUAGACUUAAAUAUAAUAUGCCAUAAUCAAAAUUUAAAAUGGUAUAUAUGUGUACCUCUGUCUCCGCAUUUUCGGGCACCCUCAGUUUGCCUUAAGUUUCUGUCUAUCUGGCCCCUAUUUUCUAAAUGGUUAUUAGGUUUUUUUCACCCUCUUCUAACAAAA